AAUUUGGUUCGUCUAAAGGAGGGGUCAGCAACCUGAUCGACCACAGCCCACAUAAAGGUCCCGAGGUGUCUUUUUGUUGGAUCUCCCAACCUCUCACAAAAGUGUCCUAAUAUUGAGCGUUGAGCUCUCCGAGAGUUUCGCCAAUUCCGUGUCAGUGUAAUGCGUUUGCUUCAAAAUCAUGGCCAUAUCAAGUCGAAACCAAAAUCUGGAACCGCUCAAAAGAAGUACAAAAAAGUGUCAAUUGGUCACAUUCAGUACAUCAAAAAUUAUUGAGCAUGAACCCUCCUUCCUUUGUCAGACAGACGAGAUGGCCCUUAGAUAAACGCUCGCCGACCAUCUUUUUCUCCCAUUCCGACACCCCAUGUGCUCAAAUUUGAAUGCAAAUAACUUAAAAUAUGCAGUCUCAUGCUGGGUGCAUGACACCAAUGAUCGGAGCCUGACAGGACACCAAUGCUAAUCUGUCCAUUUACAGUCAACCCAAGAGCAAUCUCGUGUUUGAAAAGAACUCGUUGAAAAUUCAAAGCUUAAGUGAAAGUGAGAUAAAUCCAAGAAAAAGGGUCCCUCUUUAAGCGAUCGGAAUUCAAGACGUGUGAUGAUCGUCGUUGAGCUCAUCAGGCAUGCUAGAACAACACGGAGAAGGUACCACACUAGACAAAGAACACUCCAAAAUAAAUAGAUCCUGUCCAUCCACUUGAUGCCACUCCAGAUAUCCAAAAAGAGUCCAUGACGUGGGUGCUUCAACACUCGAUCCUCUCAAGCAAUCAAGAAAAGGACAACCGGGGAUGCAAAUCGACAGUCGUCCACACGUUAUGUGGCAACAUUGAUAAUGAAAAAGAUAUACAGCACUCCUCGUUCGUUCCAUUUGCCCAUCCCAACAACCAACAAUACCUAUGGAUACUCAGGACGAAGCUUUGUGGAAGGAAGUCAAGCCCAAAGGGACCGUCUUCUCCGUUUAAAAGCAGAAUUGGCCAUGUUAAGAAAGAAAGGUGCCCUCAAAGUGAAUCAGAACCACCCAGUAUGGCACGUGGAUCCCAAUCGAUCGUGUGGAAGGUGCCGAGCAGAGCUGGGACGCAUUAUGAACCGCGGGGCGUUCUGCAAGGCCUGCAAAGUGCGCGUGUGCAAAAAUUGUCGCGAGUACAAUCUCAAGGGAACCGACUGGAUUUGCACCGUUUGUCACAAGAAUUUAGAGAUUCAAGUCGCCAGUGGAGAAUGGAUCAAGGAACACAUGUCUCAUUCAGGCGUGAUCCAAGUCAAGAAGAAGACCUCGAGGCAUUACGUCCCAACAACUCCAGUCGACCUCAUCAAAAGCAACAAGAACAUCAAGCGAUCUUGGACUAUUUCCAAUCCAAGUGGCACAGGUGGGCCUCAAAUUCAGACCAGAAGUCAAUCAGACCCCCGAAACCCUUUCAGCGACGACCCUCGGCUCCCUCCUCCCAAAAUCGCCCCGCCUUUGUUUCUAAACAUUCCCCCGCCACCCACCACCUCACCGCCUCCAAUCCCGACCAAUCAGAGAUAUGUGCCGGCAUUCCAGCCCCCGGGGGUGAUGCCCCGUCGAAAUAUACCUCUUAGAUCUCAAUCCAUGUCGACAGCUGAUCAUUCCACCCGGUUCUACCCUCACAGGCGUCCGCCUAUGGAAAGAGCGGAACUGGCUGACACAGACACUGAUCUCAUGGAUCCACGAAAGUAUCGGACCCUGGAGGGAAUGGUUGGGCGUGGUAGGGGUGGACACGCCAUCAUAACUCAUCCGGAAAAUGGCGGGUACAACACCAACAGCUUGGAACGGGGCAUGAGGCGACGCUUGCCCGAUAUCCCUCCGUCCAGGAGUCUGCCCCGACCUGCCAAACGAGGGCAGAGUGACUCGAGGAGUCGGGACAGAAAUGGAGAUCAAAAGAGAUCCCAGAGCUUUGGGAACGAGCUUGAUGAGUCCCGUCGCGGAAAUCAUUACCUCUCAGAUGGUCCCCAUGUCAAAGACAGUUCCAAAAAUAAGGAAGGUCGCGUUGUACGUGAACCAACCCCUGAUUACGACGGUUCAUCAAUAACAGGAGACCCAGUCCUGUCAGGGAAACAGAACCCACAUCUUGGUAUUACUAGUUUGCCGGAUACUGAGCGCUCACAUGAGGUGUACUUUGCUGACAACAUUGCUUCAACCGCUGCUGCUGGUAGAGUAUCUGCAAAUUUCCCUGGUCUACCAGAUUAUCACCCUUUGGACUUGGCUUAUACGGUGAUCGAAGAGCGACCCGAGGAUGAGGCCUUGGCCACAGAAUCUGAGGACAAUGGCUCAGUUUUGGAGCAUUCAUUACUCGGAUCUAUUUCUCAAGUAUCUGACACGUGCUCCUCGAGGCCUUUGAUCGUUAUUCAAACCUGGAAUGAGAGGCAAGGUAUUGAAGAGCCUUCGUUUUCUCGAGGGUCCAGUAUUCGGAGUGGCCUUCGAGGUAAACGAGGGAGUCGAAAGAACUCCCAAGUGAUCAAUGAGGCGUCAGUGCCUUUGAAGCCCACCUCACCGAAGCUUCACGAGUCACUUUCCUGCUCCGUGACGUCUCCUACGACCUCUUCGAUCUCAUCAUUGCCUUCGCUAAUGAGCGGCUCUUCAGGGAAAACCCCGAACUCCUUGGAGGUACUGCCGUCAAUCGUCCAAUCUGAAGAUAACAGAUUAGAUUUCUCGAAUUCAUUGAAUCGGAGUGAUUCCAAUACUACCCGCUCUAGCUAUAGCCUUGACAACACUUCUUUGGAUGCUUCUGACAUUUCUUAUUUCUAGCUGUUUUAAUAAAACUUGGUGACUUGGC